AUGCCGUGGUCUGAAGUCCUGAUGCAAAUCCACGACCGUAACUAUAUUCGAUGGCUCGAGAAGAUGAGAACGCAAAGCAACAAGAGGAAUCACGACAAAUAUUGCGAGUUCCAUAGAGAUCAUGGCCACGACACAGAGAACUGCUUCGACCUGCACAACCACAUUGAAGACCUAAUCAAGCGCGGAUACCUCAGUAGAUUUAUCAAGAGCGAGAAGCUGACACAGGAAGAACAGUGCAUGGAGGAUGCUCGACCACCGCCCCGAGCUCCCCCUGCUAGUGUGAUCCACGUCAUACCAGGUGGAAUCGCCGUAGGAGGGGAGAGUAGCUCGGGGAAUAAGAAGUAUGCGCGACUAUGCGAGAUAGACAAUCGGGGGCAGAAGAAUAAGCACAGCCAGACCAUCACGUUCACCAACGAUGACCUCUGGGGGGUUCAAAACCCGCAUGACGAUGCCUUGGUCAUCACGGCCGAGCUGGCCCACCUCGAAAUAAGACGGAUCCUGGUUGACACGGGUAGCUCCGCUGAUGUACUCUUCGAGGACUCGUUUGAAAAGCUCGACAUCGACAAAGAGCGCCUCACCCCCGUCAACACUCCCCUAAUGAGCUUCUUUGGGGAGAAUAACUCUUCCCCUACUGAUUGGAGACGGUAA